GGGGCGGGAGGACCAGCACCUGAGGCCGGGCCCGCAGCGCGCGACUUCACAGCCAGGCGGCGGCGCUGCUGCUGCGGGGCUCCGGCGCGCAGCCCGGCGGGACAGCGGGGCGGCUGGCGCCGGGGGCCGGGGAGCGCCAGAUGAUGGAUUUGGACAUGCUUCUAUGAAGAAAUGCCACAUGGUCCGAGAGCAAACAUGUCCAGGCUACUGCCACUUUAGUGGACUAGGGCUUGGUGCCAGCACUUCCCGGGUAAUCAGGCGUGGUCUGACCGAGGAUCAAGAAGCACAUCAUCACCAAUGACAUCAUGACAGCAAGAGAGCACAGCCCUCGCCAUGGUGCCAGGGCCCGUGCAAUGCAGCGGGCUUCCACCAUCGACGUGGCGGCGGACAUGCUGGGCCUCUCUCUGGCAGGAAAUAUACAAGACCCAGAUGAGCCCAUUUUAGAAUUUAGCUUAGGAUCAGAUAAGAAUAUACUAAAAAGUGGAUCAGAAUGUGCUGAGUCUGGGGUCAGCGAUACGUGGCAUCACUGUGCUUACCCAGGAGGCCUGAGACGCCUCUCCAUCAGAGCCCAAUGCUACCCAGCGCUCCUCUCCCCUUUUCCCAUUCCUUGGUCAACAUUAGUUGGUGGCCUGGCACCAAUGUCCAAGAGGUGGUGUGACAUAAAAGAGGCACCUCCUGGGGAGUCAGAUGACCUGGAUUCCAGCCCUGACCAUGCCAGGCUAACCACAUGGCCUUGAGCCUGCCACUCGACCUUGCUGGAACAGUUUCCUCCUGUGCUACGUGAGGAUGCUACUGCUUGUUUGAGAGACAAAGAAGAUCAAGGUGGUUAAGCACCCCCCAGCCCCAAAAGACUUGGACAAAUUGCAAAACCCAUAAAAGUCUUGCAGUGAGCUGCAUACUCCAUCGCUAGAUCGAAAGCCAAAUAGUUUUGUUGCGGUGAGUGUCACCACCCCUCCUCAGGCAUUCUGGACGAAGCAUGCACAGACGGAGAUCAUUGAGGGAACCAACAAUCCUAUAUUUCUAAGCAGUAUUGCCUUCUUUCAAGACUCUCUUAUCAAUCAGAUGACACAAGUCAAACUCUCCGUGUAUGAUGUCAAAGAUAGAUCUCAGGGAACAAUGUAUUUACUGGGCUCUGGAACGUUCAUUGUCAAAGAUCUGCUCCAGGACAGGCAUCAUAGGUUGCAUUUAACACUAAGGUCUGCAGAGAGUGACUGUGUGGGUAACAUCACCGUGAUUGGCUGGCAGAUGGAGGAGAAGUCAGACCAACGGCCCCCUGUGACCCGGUCUGUGGACACUGUCAAUGGGAGGAUGGUUCUUCCCGUCGAUGAGAGCUUGACGGAGGCAUUAGGAAUCCGAUCCAAAUACGCUUCAUUGCGAAAGGACACUUUGCUGAAAUCGGUGUUCGGCGGUGCCAUCUGCCGCAUGUACCGGUUUCCAACCACUGAUGGUAACCACUUGCGGAUCCUGGAGCAGAUGGCAGAGAGCGUGCUCUCCCUGCACGUGCCCCGGCAGUUCGUGAAGCUCCUACUAGAGGAAGAUGCAGCCAGAGUGUGUGAGCUGGAGGAGCUGGGAGAGCUGUCCCCUUGCUGGGAGAGCCUCCGGCGCCAAAUUGUCACCCAGUACCAGACCAUCAUCCUCACAUACCAGGAGAACCUGACCGACCUCCAUCAGUACAGAGGGCCCUCGUUUAAAGCAAGCAGUUUGAAAGCAGAUAAAAAGUUAGAAUUUGUUCCCACAAACUUGCACAUACAAAGGAUGAGAGUUCAAGACGAUGGAGGAUCAGAUCAGAACUACGACAUCGUCACCAUUGGGGCGCCAGCAGCACACUGCCAAGGUUUUAAGUCAGGAGGUCUCCGCAAAAAGCUGCACAAAUUUGAAGAGACCAAGAAACAUACAUCAUCUGGCUGCCAGUCCAUAAUCUACAUACCCCAGGAUGUUGUCAGAGCCAAGGAGAUCAUCGCCCAGAUCAACACCCUGAAAACCCAAGUGAGUUACUACGCAGAGCGGCUGUCAAGGGCAGCCAAGGACAGGUCUGCCACUGGCCUUGAGAGGACACUCGCCAUCUUAGCAGACAAGACACGGCAGCUGGUCACGGUCUGCGACUGCAAGCUCCUGGCCAACUCCAUCCAUGGGCUGAACGCUGCACGGCCUGACUACAUUGCCUCCAAGGCCUCUCCCACUUCGACUGAGGAGGAGCAGGUGAUGCUUAGAAAUGACCAGGACACUCUCAUGGCCCGGUGGACAGGGAGAAACAGCCGAUCUUCCCUGCAGGUGGACUGGCACGAGGAGGAGUGGGAGAAAGUGUGGCUGAACGUGGACAAGAGCCUAGAGUGCAUCAUUCAGCGUGUGGACAAGCUGCUGCAGAAGGAGCGGCUGCAUGGCGAGGGCUGUGAGGAUGUCUUCCCCUGUGCAGGCAGCUGCACCAGCAAGAAAGGUAACCCGGACAGCCACGCCUACUGGAUCAGACCAGAAGACCCCUUCUGUGAUGUCCCCUCCUCACCAUGCCCCUCCACCAUGCCCUCCGCUGCAUGCCAUCCUCAUCUGACCACACAUUGCAGUCCCCCUCCUGAAGAGUCCAGCCCAGGUGAAUGGAGUGAGGCCCUUUACCCGCUGCUGACCACUCUCACCGACUGCGUGGCCAUGAUGGGUGACAAGGCCAAGAAGGCCAUGGUAUUCCUGCUCAUGCAGGACAGCGCGCCCACCAUAGCCACCUACCUGAGCCUGCAGUACCGCCGUGACGUGGUCUUCUGCCAGACGCUGACCGCCCUCAUCUGCGGCUUCAUCAUUAAGCUGAGGAACUGCCUGCAUGACGACGGCUUCCUGCGCCAGCUCUACACCAUCGGGCUGCUGGCCCAGUUCGAGAGCCUGCUGAGCACCUACGGGGAGGAGCUGGCAAUGCUGGAGGACAUGAGCCUUGGGAUCAUGGACUUGAGGAACGUGACCUUCAAAGUCACUCAGGCCACUUCCAGCGCCUCCGCAGACAUGCUGCCCGUCAUCACAGGAAAUCGCGACGGGUUUAACGUGCGGGUCCCUCUGCCGGGCCCGCUGUUUGACGCCCUGCCCCGGGAGAUCCAGAGUGGCAUGCUGCUGCGAGUGCAGCCCGUCCUCUUCAACGUGGGCAUCAAUGAGCAGCAGACACUGGCCGAGAGGUUUGGCGAUACGUCUUUACAAGAAGUCAUCAACGUGGAGAGUUUGGUGCGGUUAAAUUCCUACUUUGAGCAGUUUAAGGAAGUUUUGCCUGAGGAUUGCCUGCCUCGGUCUCGCAGUCAGACGUGCCUGCCAGAGCUGCUGCGGUUUCUGGGUCAGAACGUGCAUGCCCGGAAGAAUAAGAACGUCGACAUUCUCUGGCAAGCUGCUGAGAUCUGCCGCCGCCUUAAUGGGGUCCGGUUCACCAGCUGCAAGAGCGCUAAGGACCGUACAGCCAUGUCGGUGACACUGGAGCAGUGCCUGAUCCUGCAACACGAGCAUGGCAUGGCCCCGCAGGUCUUCACCCAGGCCCUGGAGUGCAUGCGCAGUGAGGGUUGUCGAAGAGAAAAUACAAUGAAGAAUGUUGGAAGUCGCAAAUAUGCAUUUAAUUCCCUGCAGCUGAAGGCUUUCCCCAAGCAUUACAGGCCUCCCGAAGGGACUUACGGAAAAGUUGAAACGUGAACACACGGUUUCCUCUAAUUAGCUGUUACAUAAUAAAUGUGGGUACCCUCUAGUGUCAUAUAUGAAUUCUUCAAGAAGACCUGAAGGAUUGGUUUUUAUUUUUUGUGGUUUUUUAAAAAAAAACAUUUCACUAAAGAGUCUCUGGAGCAUGUUUUUUGUUUUUUGGGUUUUUUUCCCCAUUGGAAUCAAUAGGAGGUAAUGUUUGGCUCAAUAGUGUGGAUAGUAACAACUGCCUAUUUAAAUAGCCUUUGGCUGUAACUACACAGAUCUCAUCAAUAGUUACCUACAUGAAUCAAGCUAGGUUUGUCUGAAAUGCUAGAAGACUUUUUCAAAUGCCUGCUUGCUCACUUAUUUUUCUACAGAGUAACUCAAAAGUAACCAUUGAAUUACAAUCCACUUUGUAAAAAUCUGAAUGUAAAACAGUAAAUAAUAAAUUAAAUAAUUGGAUCCUAGGCAUACCAAUAAAUGUUAUUUGGGGAAAGAAGCUAGCACUAUCUCAUGCAGUGAGAAUAACGGGUUCUAGUGAAUUAUCCUAUCUACACUACCACCUGAAGAAGUUGAAAGAAAGAUUGAUAAAUCAACGGGAGAUAAGACUUUAUUAGAAGGUAACACCUGCAAGGUACCCCACAUAGUUGGGGCCACUCUUUUUUCUGUCCCUUAUGAGUUACAGAACAGGGAGUCUGCUGGAGACACAAAGCCAGCAGUAAGGUCCCUUUAGCCUGUCUCCUGUUCUCUGAAGCUCCCUGCCGAGGCUCCCUCACGCCGAGGACACAUCUCCCCUUCUUCUCUAGAUGUUAAUGUAGGGCCUCAGAUGUGGCAUGUCAACACUCCCAUGGGGAAUUUAUGACCAUAGAGAUAGUAGGAACCUAAAUAUUUUCAGAAAAAAAAUUUUUUUUUGCAGGAUUUCCAAUUUAUCUUUGAAAAGACAGUACAAUCAUGUUUGAAUGUCUGAUGAAAGUGUCUUAUUUUUAGGUUUGCAAUAAUUGUUACUUAUUCUCAUUCUUAUGUAAGAUGACUAUUGAGAAACAGUUGAAAUUUAUUCUCCUCAAAUGAGAUUUUGAAAGGGAUUUAUGGGCCAUAAAACUUAGGAAUUUCAUAGAAAAUUUUGUCUGGUCAUCUUUUAUAAGAUGAUGAUGAGUCUUAUCUGCACAUAGCAGAGUUUGUUUCUUAGGAGUUUAUAUGUUUUAUUGAUUCUGUUUAUGAUGUUUACAUGUUCUUGAAAAGGUUGUAAAAGAAAUACAUAUGGCACAUAUUAAUGAUGCUGAUCCUAAUGAUUUGUGAACCUCUUAGAAAUUCUUAUGUCUAAAAGCCUAGAGAUUCUUCUGGUUCCUUUAGAAACAUGUAACAAACUUGGGCCAGGGGUGCUGAGGCAUGGGGAGGACUGCUUAUUGGCAGGAACACAGAGGGGGUGGGCAUCAGGUAGGGUGGAACUGGAUGACCUUCCAGACCCCCUCCUACUCAGAAGUCAGCAUGCAAGCAGCGCCUGCUGUCUCCCGAUGCCUGCAGGGAGGAAAAUGUCUGUGAAGGACACUUUAAUGAAGGACGAAGCUCUGUGCUGCUCCCUCAAAGCUGAGUUCACCGUGGCAGGCAGGAGGCAGAGAAGCUCCUGCCUGCCAAACCCACUGCACAGGUGGCUGCUGCUGGUAUCAGAUUCUCCUUUUUAAGUGUCAAUUUCUGUUCACAGACAGUUUGUUUUCAAUAUGGCUGAUUUACCCUUUCACCUCUCCACCAUCUCAUUUAAUUUGUAAAUUUUUAGUUCCGUCUUUUCUCAUUUUAACUUUUAAAAAAUCUCCUUGCUUUUUAAAAAUAAAUAUUACCCACAUCGUUUUCAGAUCUUUUUUGUCUGGAGAGCAUUAAAUAUCUGCACUCAUCAAAGGGAAUAUAGCAAAUGUGGAUCAUCUGUCAGCAGUUUUGCAUGUGACACCUUUAUAUGAAUUAUUUUCCCAAUUUUUGCUCUAUGUAAUGGGUCACCAUAAAACUGUAAGAUUUGGCAAAUGCUAUAGAAAAGGUUCAGGUUUCAGUAUUCUCUCUGAAGGCAUCGUUCCUGGGCUUCCAGCAGCAUCACACGCUUCCAGUGCCUGCAGGGUGAGGGUGUGUUGCACAGAGGCAAGCAGCUCCUCUCUUCUGUAGGAGCUUUGAGUUUUCAGAGGUGCAGGGAAGGCAGUUUUACAGGUUACCGUAAAAUAGAGGUUCCGUCCAGUGUUCCUUAUAAUGCCUCCCCAUCUAAAAAGAAAAGAGAUCUAUGGAAAACUGGGAAUGUAAUGUGGAUUCUGUCAGAGCUCCUACAGAGCACAGUUGCCUUUAGUUUCCUUUAAAGAUGUAAAAAUAUUGUAUAAUACAGUUUUGUCCCUACACAAUUGUAUUUGCCAAGCUUAGUGCAUUAUGAUACCUUUAUUUAUUUGUUUUGGGCAGUAUUACUAUAUAUAUAUAUAAACAUACAGUUACUGUUUUAUAUAUUCUUAGGUCAUUCAAAGCCAUGUAUGCUGUAAAUGUGCUAGUCUUUAGAAUGACACAUAAUAAAUAACUGACAAGAUAUUAAAUGUGGUCUUGCCUGAUUCAUCCUAUUAGGAGGACUAGUUCUAUGUGACCAGCCUGUGACUGGACCAUUGUUCUUGGGCAUUGCGUUGAGUGCUCGGGUGCUGAAUACAUGUUUGUAAACAUGGGACCAUGGGAGACUUCCAUUUUAUAAGCUUGUUUCUGCCUAAUUUGAAGCAGAGGGGCAACAGCGUUGAGGUUAAGAGCACGGACUUUGGGAACAGACAGACCAGGUCCCAAUCCUGGUUCUGCCCCUGACUGGCUGGUGACUCUGAGCAAGUUGCUUGACCUCUCCAAGCCUCCGUUUCCUCAUGUGCAAAGUGUGGACAACAACAGUACCUUCCUCAUAAGGAACGUGCGACGCGCCUCAGAAGUACGUGUUCAUAAAUGGUAGCCAUUGUUGUUACCUUCCCGUCUGUGAACAUGGAUCACAUCAUCUCUGUGGGCAGCCCAGUCCUCGUUGUAUGACUUGUCAAAAUGCAGUUCCACUUGUAUUAAUAUUGACCCUGUUCAUCGUCACCAGGACUGCAUCUUGCACCACUGUGCCGUCUUCUAGGCACACAUGACCCGUUAUCUCCCUUGGAAAAAUUCCUCUCACUGGAAAUGUACAAUUAAAGGAUGAUUGAAAUGUUUAA